GUAUGCAAUUAAACUUUUAAACUUGUACAGUAAAUGAUAUUAAGCGAUUAUUAAAUUAUUAGUAUACUUACAACUAAAUAAUAUUUCCGUACUUUUUGGCCAUUCCGCACAUUAGAUAGUGGCAAGUUAAUAGUUUUAUCGAAUUUUUAAGUGAAGUUUGCGUCAAAAUUCUGUAUAAACAGCAAUUAAAAAACGCAAAAAUAGCCAGUUUUAGCAACUUUUGACGCCAAUGGAAGUGACUCACAAUUUGUCAGUCAGAAUAUCUAGGAGAAACAUAAACACCACAUAACCUCAAGUAAUAGAAACUCUGAUAGAAACAUAUUCAAAAUGGGAUUUUUAACAGUGUUAAAGAAGAUUAAACAAAAAGAAAAGGAAAUGAGAAUACUGAUACUGGGCUUGGACAAUGCUGGAAAAACUACAAUACUAAAGAGAUUCAAUGGAGAGCCAAUAGAUACAAUUUCUCCCACUUUAGGAUUCAACAUCAAAACUUUAGAACAUAGAGGUUUCAAACUUAACAUGUGGGACGUUGGCGGGCAAAAAUCGUUAAGGUCAUAUUGGAGAAACUACUUUGAAUGCACAGAUGGGCUGAUCUGGGUGGUGGAUAGUGCAGAUAAACGAAGAUUGGAGGACUGCAUGGGCGAACUACAAGCACUGUUACAGGAAGAAAAACUGGCAGGAGCCACUUUACUAAUUUUCGCAAACAAACAAGACCUGCCAGGUGCAUUUGGUCUAGGCCAGGUGAAAGAGGCCUUAGAUCUUGACAAAAUCAAAAGCCAUCACUGGAAGAUCGUGUCUUGCAGUGCAGUUACUGGAGAAAACUUGUUGGAUGGUAUCGAUUGGCUAAUCACAGAUAUUGCAACACGAAUAUUCACACUGGACUAAUACCUUAAUGAAGGACAUAUUUUUUUAAGUGAUUGCAGAAAACAAGCAUUUUUAUAUAAAUGGAUGGAUGGUCUUGGAUAGUUUCAUUCGUGCUUUCCAAACAAUGUGAUUGCGAGUAAAUUUUAAAUCGAUUAACUGUCUGCCCAAUGAUCAUUCAAUUAAGGCGCAAAUAAGCAGUUCAUCUGUUCGGAACUUCAUAAAUCGCAAAAAUAAACAAUUACAAAAUUAA